AUGGCAGGUUUUUGGGGUGGUGGUGGGGAGGAGUCUGGGGGCAGCUUUACUGCGAAUUAUACGGCGUACCCCGUUUCCUUCGCUGCCAAGGAUCACCUGGAAAGCGGCAACAAGAUCCUUCUGCCUCCUUCGGCCCUCCAUGCUCUCGCGCGCCUGCACAUCUCGUGGCCAAUGCACUUCCGCAUCAGCAACACCGCAAAGGAUCGCCUAACGCACUGCGGCGUCUUGGAGUUCGUUUCGGAGGAAGGAACAUGUUACAUGCCUUACUGGAUGAUGCAGAACCUGGAGCUUGAGGAAGGAGGCCUCGUCACCGUGACCAACGUGUCUCUUCCCAAAGGGACCUUCGUGCAGCUUCAGCCCCUUGAGACGGAAUUCCUAGAUAUUAGCAACCCGAAGGCCCUGCUGGAAAUGGCUUUGCGAGGAUACGCGGCGCUGACAAAGGGCGAAGUGGUGUCACUCCCCUUCCUAGACCACGUCUACCACCUCCUUGUGGCGGAUCUACGGCCGGCCCCCGCCGUAUCGAUUGUGGAAACGGACAUAGAAGUAGAGUUCAAGGCCCCCGAAGCUUCAGCCCUUCCCACACCUCAUCCGGACGCCCCUGGAGGUAAUGGUGGAUACGUGAGCAGCGACGAAGCCUCAGACGAUACAGGCGAACCCAAUAGCCGGUUCGGAGGAGAAGGCCGCCGCUUGGAUGGGCGGGCCCCCCGCAGCAGUAGCAGCAGCAGCAAAGUAACAGCAGAGGCCAAGACCCUUAGACGCAAACCAUGGCUGGAGAAGCUUCCAAACGGCAUCCGGCGCGAGUGCGCAGCCUACGAGGCCCUUGUACGGUCGGGUAAGAUCCCUGGUGUUGUGGGGAAGGUGUCUGCGGCUGCUGGAGUAACAGCGGCAGCCGCAGCAGCGAAGCAACGCCAAAACUCGGGAGCAGCGGGCAGCUUCCAGCUCUUCGGAGGUGCUGGGAAUAGCCUGGAGUAG